CACCACCAUUGCCCCAUCACCACACUUGUAGUGAACUAAUCAAAUUCAAGCCCCACAUUCUCCUCUUUUCAAUAAUAUCACUAUUUACUACUCUACACUAAAAUAUUUGAUGCCUUGCCUAUCCUUGCCUUUGCCCUUUUCUUUACGCACCCCAAAAGUCCCCAAAGCCCCAUAAACCCACCCACGCAAAUCAAUACUUCUACUUAAAAGCCUAAACCCCUCUCCUUCUCUCUUUAUAUCCAACCUUUUUAAGUCUCCUCAUUCCAUUAUUGACUUUUUCUUCUCUUUCUAUAGCUCCACCUUCACUUUUACUUUAGCUCUAUGGGAUUCCUUAUUAGUAGGAUUUGAGUUAGUUGGCUUCCGGGUUUAGUUAAAUAUGAUAAUGAUGAACUUUUGGGCCGCUCACAUAUCGACCAUGUUUUCAAAUCCUUUAAUUUCGAGCAUCGUUACUCUCUACGCUUUGAUUUUCCUCUACGUUCCUUACCAAUUCAUGAGAAUUGUUUUCUCUCCGGUACUGAUUUUGACUGGGGUUUUGCUUCUCACUCUUCUUCGACUUGGUGCUGUUCAGAGAUUUGAAGAUGAGCACAAGAGGGACGAAACCAAACUCCAUUUCCAAACCCAAAGAGAAUUAGAUGAUAAUGAUACAACAAUUACUCCUACUCCUACUCCUACUCCUACUACUCCUGCUGAUGAUGAUGAUGUUGUUACCAACGAUAACAAAGACAGCGAUUCGUCUGAUUACCCUGGUCAAUUUUCAGGUUCUCAAGAUGAUGAUUCCAACUGGGUCGAUUACAAAUCCGAAACGGACUCCGAAACCGAAAUGGGUUUUGAUCCGAAUCCAUGUUUUGAAGUAUCUUUCGUUCAAUGGAACCUGAGGGGACCAUUAGAGGUCAUUUACGAAGAGUACGAAGGAGACGAAGAAGAUGAAGGUGAGAGCCAAAAGGAUGAGAAUAAUCGAAUUCUGGGUACUGAAAAGCAGCAUACGUUUUCGCGUUAUUAUCAUCCAGAUUCAGAUUCUGAUGACUCGUCCGACGGAGACUAUCCGGCCUCUGGGUUUUGGGAUUCGCCGGUAAAUAUGUGCUUCAGGUGGGAAGAGGAAGACAGAGAUGGUUUAAUUGAGAUAGCUUUGGGGGACGACGACAUUGAUAAGAGACACAGAGGCUUAGAUUUUCACGUCGUUGACGAAGAUAAUUUGAUAGAGAUAGAUAUUUAUCAAACCAGAUCAAACGACGGAUUUCAAGCCAGAAACGACGACGUUCCUCCUCAUCUUCAGGCGAGUCAGAUUCAAUUAAUGUCUAAUUAAUCUUUUUUUUCUUUUAAUACAAAAAGCAUUACCGCAAAAAAAUAAAAUAGUGAAUAGUAGUUAUUAAAAUAGGAAUUUUGGGUUGUCGGAUUUUAGUUUUGGAUGUUUUCGUAUAACCGUUGUAUUUAACCAAUGUUUAAUUAAGAUUAAGCACUAAAUCCAAAAGAUUUGAAUAUUAAGAAA